AUGUUUAGAAAUAUUUUUAAGAGAAGGGAAUCCCUAGAUGUCAAUGAUAAGAUCAAUACCACUGAAAAAACUAAGCUUAUUCUUAAACAAGCAGAGAACUUUGAAGUCGCCUUGAUGGCAAUGGAUUAUGUCCUUGAUGAUAGAGCACAAGAAGGUUUGAAAUUAUUGACAGACAAUAGCGAACAAGGCGAUAAAAAUGAUGAAACCAUUAAUGUUCUAGCAAAAGGUGUUAUUGAAUUCCUAGCUGCUACUUUAAGUUUUGAGGCAAAAGAAAUGAAAAUCGCAUCCGAGACUUUAGCUAAAGCUGAACAGUUAUCUUUAAGGAGUAAAGCAAGAGCAGAAAAGGAAAAUAUUAAAUCAAGUAGUUAUUAUCCACCUGGAACUGUAUAUGCUGUCACUUAUACCGAAUCAACCCUUUUACAUGCUUUAUUAAUGCUUUUCAAUGAAUCUAUGAUAGACGCUGCAAAAGCUGUUUUAAAAUUACGGAAAGCUUACUAUACAUUACAAGAAAUUCUAGAAUCUGUUAAAAAAGUAGACCAAGCUAUAGCAAAUAGCAACGACAAUUCACAAACAUUCUACAAAAAUAAAGACGCGCAACAUAACAUAAAUAAAAACAAUAACAACAACAAUAGUAAUUCUUCUGCAAGUUUUAUAUCAUUAUCUGGGAAACAAUUUGUAUCUGUUGAUAUCCCAUACAAAUUAUCCCCCGAGGAACAAAAAAAUUCUGAAUUAUUGGCUAACGCCGAAUUAAUCCAUAAUAUGAGAGUUAGGAGAUUGUCUGGUACCCAUAUUGACAAUAUUCCUGCAAUUAACAGACUAAGAACUGAACUAGGUAUUCAAUCGAUAUCAGAACAAUCUGUAUCGACCGCCUCUUCUACUUCUACAACUAAUAAUAGUAGUGAUGUCUCUAGUUCUGUAAAAAUCACCAAUUCUGAUGAACCUGUUCUAUUGCUAUCUGAAGAUUUAGAUGUGUAUCAAGCUACUAUAGACGAAUUUAUUCAUUCUGGUGUCAAUUUAUGUUUUGGUAUAUUACAAGUCGUCUUAUCUUUGUUACCUCCUGCCAUUGGUGCCGUUUUAUCCGUUAUUGGUUUCAAAGGAUCUCGUGAGGAUGGUCUUCGUCUAGUCUGGAAAUCUACAAAGCAGAGAAACGUUCAUGGUUGUAUUGGUCUUCUAGCUUUAAUGUUUUAUUAUGAUGGUCCAUUCCAAUUUACUGAUGCUGAUUUUGAUAUUCCUGCCACUCCAACACCAUCACCCAAUUCUUCUACUACUACUUCUUCCUUUUCCACAGCUUCUUCUUCACAUAGCUCAAAUAAUUUAUCUGUUUCACCUAGAUCAAAGUCAAGAUCAAAUUCUAGGUCUUCCUCUUUAUCUGAAUCAAUGUCAACAUUAAAAUUAAAUAGGAAAGAAGAGAUGGAUGCCCCAACUCUAUUGCAUCCAGGAAAAAUUCUGGAGAGUGCUUUAUUACAAGCAAGAGCUUUAUUCCCAAAUAGUGCAUUAUGGUUAUUAAAUGAAGCAAGAAUGCUUUCUGGAAAAGGCCGUCUAAAAGAAGCUGUAGCAUUGAUGGAUUCUAUUGAUGUAAAUAAAAUUCAAAUGAGACAAGUUAAAGUGUUAAUGAUUUUUGAUAGAGCUAUCACUUUAGUCCAUUUACAUGAAUUUGAUAGAGCUGCGGAAGAUUUGAUUUCGUUGGUAGACAUAUCUGAUUGGUCACAUGCCCUAUACACCUAUUUUGCAGGUUGUUGUUAUUUGGAAAAUUGGAGAAUGUGUCAAAUGGGCUUAUUGGAUGAGACUAAUUCAAAAGGUAUGAAAUGGUAUGAAGAAAAGGCCAGGGAAUUAAUUUUCUCUGCACCAAGUUAUCUAGGUAGGAAAACUUUUAAAUCAAAGAAUUUGCCAUUAGACAGAUUUAUGUUAAGAAAAGUUGAACAAUUCAAAAGUUUACAAAAGCAAUUAGGUGCUGAUAAUCCACUGGAUGCAAUUGCUACGUCUCCAGUCCAUGAAUUAGCAUACUUUUAUAACGGUUACAACAGGAUGACCAAGGACGGGUUAGAACUAACCAUGAAAAUGUUAACUGAGUACGAAAACCCUGCUAUUAAAUUAUGUGAUCCAGAUCAAGAAUUAAUUAAAGAUUUGUUGACUUCCUUGACAAUGAGAAGACUAGGUAAAAUUAAGGAAGGUUGCGAAAUAUUGGAUGAACGAGUACUACCAAAGAUUUUAACCAUUGAUCCAAAUAAUGGUAAAGUUAAAUACUUUAAAAAGACCGAAGACCCAUGGGCGUACCCAACUGCAUUAUAUGAACGUGCUUUAUUCUGUUGGAAAUUGAAUGAAAUGAGUGGGUUACAAGAAUGUAAAGAAUGGUUAACAAGAGCACAAAAUUAUGCUGAUGAUUAUGAAUUAAGUACCCGUGUUGGUAUGAAAAUCAAGGCCGCAUUAGAUAGAGUGGAAAAUUCUUUACAAUAG